GUUAUAGGCGGAGCCCAAUCAUUGCUCUUCCGUCACCAUGCCUCCUUCCGCUAGAUUUCUCGCCCCCGGCGUCGAGCGGCCUCCGCCGCCGCUGAUCCCUUCUCCGGGGCAGACCACCAACAUCGACUUGGUGGUUAUCCUGGUCUCCUUGCUCUGUGCCAUGGUCAGCGUCGCCGGCCUCACCCUCGUCGUCCGCUGCUUCUGCUCAGGCCGCUUCCCUCUUCAAGCGGCGGCGCCUGGCAAGGGCCUCGAGAAGGAAGCCCUGCGGCGGCUGCCCAAGGUCUCGUACGGCUGCGGCGAGGGCGAGGGAGACGGACCGGCAGCGGAGUGUCCCAUCUGCCUGGCGGAGUUCGAGGAAGGGGACCAGCUCCGAGUGCUCCCGCAGUGCGGCCACGGCUUCCACGUCGGCUGCGUCGACGCCUGGCUCCGCCACCACUCCAGCUGCCCCUCUUGCCGCCGCCUCCUCGUCCUCCCCCUGCCUCCCUCCCGCUGCCAGGGCUGCGGCGAGGCUUCCAUCGACGCGGCCGAGCCAACGCCGUCGGCCCCCACUGGCGCUCUCAGACCCUGAAUCCAACCAACUUACUUGCUUCAGCUGGUCUUCUCUGUUCCUAUUUCUCACUACAUGCGACUUUUCUUUUUUCUUCAGAUGAUUUCUUCUAGUGGAGGCUUCAUAUUCGUAAACCAUUAAAUGAACUUAAACUACAAACUUAAGGCAAACCUUCAUGCAUCAGGAUAAACCUUUUACUACUCAAAGUUUUGAUGAGGCUUCUGUAAAACCUCUGUUAAGGAGUUCAUUUCGCUUUGCAUCAUGCAUCCAUGCAUAAUCUACGAAUCACUGAACAAAAAGUGGAAUAAUGGGCUCGAUACAUAUCAUCACAAGUCUUCUAUGGUUGAACACUUCAUUUAUGGGAUGUAUCUGUUAGAUUAAGCAGUAUCUGUUGACCAGGAGCAAUUGGGAUUGGACAGGGUUGGUGCCUUUAAUCUGGUGGGAAAAGAUGGGACAGUUGGUUCAACUACCGGCAUUCUGUGUCUUUGCAGGAGAAAACUCGACUAACAUAACGAAUGAAGGAUCUUUAGCACCAGUUUAGGGAAAUAGGCUUUAAUUCCUUGUGUGUCUGUGAAAAGACAGAGUUACAUAGGAGAGGAAAAAGAAGCAGGGAAUUGCUACGGACAGCAUGAUUUUGGAGUUGGACAGCCAUGAAUGUUAAUCUUAACGGCUGGUUGCUGAUGGAUCCAUACUGCUAUCAUAAUCUUGUCCGUUCUGACAAUUAUUGGAAUUCAAAUUCUGUGUUGGAUCCUCUUAUAUGAAGUCUUCGGUGGUGAUUUCAGAAUGGCUCCAUAUUAUCUGAAAGAAAAUAAAUUACGGAGGACAUUUACUCUA